AUGGGUAUUACCCACAUCCUGAAUGCUGCGGCAGUGGAGAAGAGCUUGAAGAUCUCAUUUGAAAUUCCAAGCAAGAACAGCCUAAAAGGAAAGGUCAAUACAGGAGUGGUAUAUUACCAAGGCAGGAGCCUCAAUUACUAUGAUGUGCCUGCAGAAAACAAAUGCUCGUUUAACAUCGGCGAGUACUUCUUCCCAGCUGCACAGUUCAUUCACCAGGCCCUGAGUAACCCAGAGAAUAAGGUGUUGGUGCACUGCAAAAAGGGUAUCAGUCGCUCUGCCACACUUUUUCUGGCAUACCUGAUGAUUCACCAUGACAUGAUGGUGGAGGAUGCCAUUGACCACGUCAUAGAGGUGAUACGCAUCAGGCCCAACAUAGGCUUCUUGAAGCAACUGACAAUCCUCAAUUCAAACCUCAAAA